AUGAAAAACUGCUCAACUGAGUGUUGUGCGGAUGCCCUUUGGGUCUACACAAGGAAAGAACUUGUGCUGGAAGAAGAGCAAAAGCUCCAGAACCAAAAACGAAAACCCAAAAUGCAACUUCCAGUUUCUUCUUCAGUCAUGUUCUCCCUUCUCAUUUCCCUGCUCCUUCUCAUUCCAAAUACAAGUGGGGAGCAACUGAUUCUGGUCAACAACUGCAAGGAGAGCAUAUGGCCAGGAAUUCUCGGCAGUGCAGGGCAGCCCACGCCCUUGAACGGCGGCUUCCACCUGGGAAGCGGUGAAGAAGUAGUCUUCGAUGUGCCUCAGAAAUGGUCGGGAAGAAUCUGGGGAAGGCAGGGCUGUUCUUUCGAUCCGAGUGGGAAAAGAGGCUCCUGCGACACUGGAGACUGCUCUGGGAUGCUUCACUGUCAGGGACUCGGCGGCGUGCCCCCAGCAACCGUCGUGGAAAUGACCCUGGGUUCCUCGUCUUCUCCCCUGCAUUUCUACGACGUGAGUUUGGUGGAUGGGUUCAACCUGCCGGUUUCAAUGGCGCCCGUCGGAGGUGGUGUCGGUUGCGGGGUCGCUUCCUGUGAAGUCGACGUGAACGUGUGCUGUCCGUCGGCCUUGGAGUUGAGGAGCAAAGAUGGCAGAGUCGUGGGUUGCAAGAGUGCCUGCUUGGCUAUGCAGUCUGCCAAGUAUUGUUGUACUGGGGAGUAUGCAAAUCCAAAUACUUGCAAGCCUACCCUGUUCGCACAUCUGUUCAAGGCUAUCUGCCCCAAGGCUUAUAGUUAUGCUUUUGAUGAUUCGUCCAGUCUCAACAAGUGCAGGGCUUCGCGGUAUGUGAUCACUUUCUGCCCUCCUAAGUGAAGAGGAAAAAGGGGGGAGAGGAUCCAAUCUGCGAGUUAUGGCGGAGCUAGGUAGCUGCAUAGGAUUUUCAGUUUAUUUGGGUCAUUCACAGUAGUCAUGUUUGAUAUCAGUUGUCUUUUCAUUUUCGCAUUUCAGUUUGGAUGGAAAAGGAUUCCUCUCCCGCUUAGUAUAGUCCUGGAGAUAAUAGUAGUGUUAUCUCUUGUGUCCAUUGUUGUUUCACUUACAAUUCAUGGAUUUGAAAAUUGAGAUAUCUGUAAUUUGUC